AAGACUAUCAUAAAUCAUUAGCUGGCUCAGGGAUCGGCCAUGGAACUCACUAGACUUCCAGUAUCCCGACCUGUCGUCCGUCGGCGCCGACCUGCAGGACCACCACCCGACCCACGAACUUCCUCUUCAACCUCUCUCGCCAGGCCUGCCUUCCCCAACCCGGACACCAUCCUCACCGACGCCACCUACAACGCGACCGUCUGGGCCGAGUAAUUGCC